CACCAACUGAAGUGGACGCCAAGAAACGAACCUUCUUCCUUCCCACUACUCAAAAUUCACUCCCCAAACACACACACAAUAAUCUGCGCUUGUCAGUUUUGAUCUGCGGAUAUUUAGUUCGUUAUUUGUAGCGAUUAGUUAAAUUGAGUUGAGAUAUACAGAAGCAAUGGAAGGAGGUGGAGUGAAGGCGAGGAGUAAGGCGGAGAUCGACACGAGCGCACCGUUCCGGUCGGUCAAAGAAGCCGUCAUGUUGUUCGGCGAGAGGGUUCUUGCCGGCGAGCUCUACGCCAACAAGCUCAAAGAGAUGCGAGAUGGGAUGAUGGACGAAACAGAGACAUCUGAGCUCGAGCAGACAAAGCAAAGCCUCCGAAAGGCACGUGAGGAGAGCAUGCAAAUGGCCCAAUACCUCUCUUCAUUACAACAAGAGCUCCAAGAAACCAAAAUGGAACUCCAACGACUGAAAUCUGGUGCAUUUGACAGAUACGCGCAGCUGGAGCUGGAAAUCGAGGACUUGAAAUUCAUCGAGGACUAUAAGGAAAGAACGGAACAAGUGAAAAAGGAGACGACUGAUCAUGAUCAUGAUCAUGAUAGUGAAGGAGUUGAGUUCCAGAAGAAGAAAUACGUGACGUUUGCAAACCCUCCGUCGGUGGCUCAGGUGCUUGUGCCGCAACCGCCGCCCAGCGAGGCGGUGCUGCAGCGCCACCCGUCGCUUAGGAAGAAGAAGAAGAAGCCGCUGAUCCCUUUUAUUGGGGGGAUUUUUUCGAAGAAGAGGGGAAGCUCUGAGGUUGCCAUGGCAUGAGUGAGAUCGAUUAAGGUUGUCCAAUUUGGAGGGAGUUUUAAUUUCCGAUGUUCAAUAAUGCAUGCAUGAGUGUUACUAAACAAAUUUAUAGUGUAAAACAUGUAGCAUGAUGAUCAUGGUCAUGGUCAUGGUCAUGGUCAUG